AUGCCGGAGAAGGAGGCUCUGCAGCCGCAGCUCCUCCUUCGCUGCUUCUGUGCUGCUGCACUUGCCAUUGCAGGCAGUGCACAGACUCCCUUUGCUGCUGCAGAUGAGCUUGAGGUAGACCUGGCCGUGCACUCAGGUGGACAAGGGUGUGCAAGACCCUGCAGGUUUGCAAACCAGAUGUUGCUGCUGCAAGACGGUAGUGGCAAUGCAGGCAGGGAGCAGUUCAUCACGGCACAUAGGUAUCGCAACCGCGGCGAGGUCAAAGACGAGGGGGACCUCAUGCCCCGGACCCUGGAGGGUCAGAUCACCAUGGAGAAGACCCCCAGCUACUUCGUCACCAAGGAGGCCCCAGCCCGCAUCUCCUCCAUGUCCAAGGGCACAAAGCUCAUUGUGGUGGUGCGGGACCCCGUGACCAGAGCCAUCUCGGACUACACCCAGACACUCUCCAAGAAGCCUGACAUCCCCACCUUUGAGAGCCUGACCUUCAAAAACAGGACUACGGGCCUGAUUGACACCUCGUGGAGCGCCAUCCAGAUUGGCAUCUAUGCCAAGCACCUGGAGAACUGGCUCCUCUACUUCCCCAUCGGGCAGAUCCUCUUCGUCAGCGGGGAGAGGCUGAUCAGCGACCCCGCGGGGGAGCUGGGCAGGGUCCAGGACUUUCUGGGCCUCAAGAGGAUCAUCACCGACAAACACUUCUACUUCAACAAAACCAAGGGCUUCCCAUGCCUGAAGAAGGCAGAAGGCAGCAGCAAACCCCACUGCCUGGGGAAGACGAAAGGCAGGACCCACCCCGACAUAGACCAGGAGGUGGUGCAGAGACUGCGGGACUUCUACCGGCCCUUCAACAUGAAGUUCUACCAGAUGACGGGGCAGGACUUUGGCUGGGACUGA